ACUGGGGCUCUCCUUUUGAGUUCAGCAGAAAAAAAGGGAGUGGCCAAACUAUUCGUAACAAAUAUUACUUUCGUAAUUCAGUAAAACAGAAUAUUUGACAAGGAAAAAAUGUAGUGUGGGACUUCAUCACAAGAUGCACAUUCUAAUGGCACAAGUGAAUUCAGCAACUGUAGAUUUAAAUGUUUACUGAUAAAAUUUGUCUCUGCAUACCAGAAAAUGAACCACCACAUCAGCGGAGUAAAAUGUUUAUUUUAGAGCCAAAAUGCAACCUCAGAAUCAAGCCCAUUAUUUUUUAUGUUAAUGCUUGGUCUGGUUCCCACAGGACCAGAACUCACAUCUCUGAGGUUUUUCACACAACACACGCCAUCAGUACCACUAGAGAGAAAUGUAUUCACACUUGAAUUGGUGCAAAAAUGUUUAACCGGGGAUCAAGCUUGAAGUGAUUCAACCGAAUGGGGUUGAUUCCUGGGUACGUGAACAGGCCGGCCUAUUUCCCAUGUGAUCAUAUUGGUUUACCCACUGACACAUCUUACCCCACUCCUACAUAACAGGAUGACAUCUGUGAAAAUAUUAGCGGAUUCCUCCAGAAAUUUAAAUCGGUUCACCUGCUUGUUGCUCCUGGGGGAUGACGUAUAUUUGAGUGUGUCUGUGUGAGCAGGAUUAGGCCUUAGAUAACAGGAUUAGAAUGUUCCACAUGCUGCAGGGAAUCCUUAAAUAACUAGCGGGUGUGUCAGCGCUGAUUGCGUUGUGUUUGUGUGGUUUGAUGUUUCAACUGUUUGUCGUCCUUUAUGAGCUGAAAGAAGGUACCUGUUUGGAUGGACUGAAUACUACCUUCAUCAGAGUGUUGAGUACUACCGCUGUGACAUACUUGUCUUGUAUUUGUUGGCUACUUGUUAUCUGGAAGACAUGGCUGAUGUCUUGAGGAGUCUUAACCUGCUGGAAACACUGAAGGAAUCCAUUGAGAAGAGCAACAUUUCAGAUAUAAGAGAUGCCCUGGAGGACAUGUUGAUCAGCAGGAUCAACAUUGCAGUCUCAGGGGAAAGAAGUGUCGAGAAAGCCACUUUCAUCAACUCGCUUCGAGGACUCAGCCAAGAAGACGAGGAAGCAGCUCGUUUUCCAUCCUCAGUGGCCUCCGAGGAAUUAGCUGUGAACUCAAAUCUCAAACAUCCUGAUUUUCGUCUCUGGGACCUGCCGUCUUUCCCUAGCGAUCCCUCUUUUGAGGCGGAAGAUUACAUAGAACGCUUCAAAGUUUUGAGGUACAAUGCCAUUAUUAUUACCUUCUCAGAGAGUCCCAGUGCUAAUAGUGUGGCAGUGUGGAGAGAAGCUCGGUCAUUACAAAAAGAGACAGUUUACUUCGUCUUACUGGCAUCCAUGAAGGAUACAGAGAAAACAUUGGAGGUGAAGAAGGCAGCAAGCCUAGAAGUGCUCAAGUCUGAAGGGGUUCCUCUACCAAUGGUUUUCCUGGUACAACCCUCUGCUUUGGAGAAGUUGAACUUCCUCAAGUUACUAGAAGUGAUGCGGGGUGACCUUCCAGAAAUCAGGGCCCAUGCUCUUCUUCUGGCACUGCCCACCUUCUCCAACUCCUUAGUGACCCAGAAGAAAGAUGCCUUCAAGGCACUGGUGUGGGCAGCGGCCUCUUUAUCUGGUGGGGUUUCGGCUAUUCCUGUGCCCCUGGUAGCCUCCAUGGUGGAUGCUACUGUGGCUGUGCGGAUUUUGACGAAGGCUCAGAUUUCACUUUGCCUGGAUGAUGAAUCUCUGCAGCGACUGGCACGGCAGCGAGGUCUUGAUCCAGCCAACCUGAAGGCUCUGAGGACCUGUGCUCUAUCUGUGGAGAUCAGCAAGAGUGAAGUUAAAAGACGGCUUGCAGAAGCUGAGAAGGAAACUAGUAGCAUGACGACCAGACUUGUGGAGCUGGCCAUGCCAAGACAUGCCAGGUCUGUUAGCCGAUCUUUCACCAUUAUGCUGCAGGCUCUCAACAAUGCCAUCGAUGACAUGGGGGCUGAUGCUGAGAAGGUGGUUGCUAUGGUAACAGGAGAGGGACAGUAGAAUGUACUGGGACUGUGUCAGUAUCAGAGAUGUAAAAAUUACAACCUGAAAUUAUACUCGUGUUUAAGUAUGGACCCCAGUGAAAAUUUUAUUCUAUUAAAACUCAAAGUAUCUAGCCAAAAACAUACUUGUCAAAUUAAAAAAUAGUAUUCAUAUUAUAAUGAACUUGUUUUUUUAAAGUACAAAGUUACUUAGAAUGAAAUUUAGAGAGAA